AUGUCGACUGGUACCGCCCCUGAAACAGAAGAAACACAGAGAAAUGACAACUUACUAGACGAUCCAGCUUUGCUAGGAAUUGACGGGCCACUAAAGCUUAAAACUAGAAAGAAGAUUGCAAAGAUCGAUGACGACAGGAUAUUGCACAACCCACGUGGAUUACCUCAUUUGAUAAAGAACCAACAGAGAUUACUUCGAAUUAUUCAAAAAAAUGACAAAGAAUUCAAUAGGCAAGAACGGGAAAAGCUUUCUGUGAAACCCAAUUACAAAACCUCGCGUCAAGCUAAGCACGAUCAUGAGUACAAGAACCUAGUUUCAAUUUUACAAUUUUACCAGCUUUGGUGCCACGGGAUGUUUCCUAAGGCAAACUUUAAAGAUUGCGCAUACCUUGUUAGAUCCUUGGGUCACAAAUCUUCGCAGUUGCGAUUGUAUAGACGUGAGAUGAUUGAAAAGGAAAUCUAUAAACUCAAGGUAGCUAAAGGGAUCAUUGAUGAAAAUGAGAGUAGGAACACGAACGAAGAUGAGGCAGUGGAAGGUAACGAUAAUAAUGAAACCGUGAAUAAUGAGCUACCCGAAUUGCGACCAACUGCCGUCAAUGCGGAAGACGAUGAUGACGAAACAGGGUGGGACUUUAUGCAGACCGGUGCGACAACGUCAUCAUCCAAUACGGAAACUCAAAGUCAGCAAGUUGGAAAUGGCGCUGCUAUAGAGAAUACAGAAACCACAGGUGAUCCUGAUGAUUGGGAUGAUUUGGAAGAUGAUGAGAUGGCUACACUUUUUGAAACAUCAAGAAAAACAUCUCCUCAAAUACCAAUUGAGGAGGAAGAUCAAUUUGAAAAGCAAGGAGUAGAAGUUAACGAAGGAGAAGGGGAGGAGGGGGAAGAGGAACAGGAACAGCUUGCUUUGGAAUUGAUGAGACAGGCAGACCAAGAGCGAGAGAAGUGA